AUGAGCAAGCGCCCUCUCGACGAGUCUCCAGCUCACAGUGGCUCUCCGCCAUCAGAGCAGCUCACCCAUAACAGCCUGCUACCUAUCAACGACCUUCUCUCCCCAACGCCAGAACAGCAGUCUACGGGGUCCAAGAAACCUCGUAAUUUUAUCGCUACAGUAGCCUGUGAAACUUGUAGACUCAAAAAGACGAGAUGCGACGAGUCGCGGCCCAAAUGUGGCUUGUGCAAGUCUUUGGGUCAGGAAUGUGUCUACAAUGAGCGCAAGACCUCCAAGCGUGACCAUUCGCUCACGCUCAUUAUGAGCACUCUCCAUCGACUGGAAACCAAGCUGGAGAAUGUCCCUGUCAAUGUGCGCAAUGAGAUUCAGGCUCUACAGACACAGAUGUCUCGGCCUCCUGAUGGCCAGACGGACAUGAACACCCCUGGCCAGGCGACUGCGGCUCCUCGGCAUGACAGACAAGUCUCUGCAGGGACACCGCGAACUCUCAUCCCAGCGGGUGAGCCGGAAGUGUUUGAAUUUGACGAGCGUCCAAAUGCGGUUCUUGCAAAUGGAUUGGUUUCUAUCUCGUUUAGCCAGCACGGGGUUGUUUUAUGGCCCGGCGCGCGGAAGAUCCUUCCGCAGCGAUUUCUCGAGGCGCAUGAGAAGCUCGGAAAGAACUAUGUGAUCGACACUGAGAUGAACAGGCCGCCUCUGCCGAUGUACAUUUACCCAUUUCCUUCACAAGCCGGCGAUGACUGGCUGGAGACGCUACCGCUGGCAAUGAUCAAGGGAUUGUCGACUGCAUUUUUCGCGACCAUCAACCCAUUCACGCCGAUCAUGGACAAGAACUUCUAUUUUGCCUUCACGCUUGGCGCAGCCAUUGAAAGUGGGUUUGGUUAUACCAUGGAGAGCUGCUUGGUUCUCAUUAUCAUGGCCUUGGGCUGUUUGGCAGUUCAUGCCCACCACGAGGGUGAUUAUCCACUGCCUGGAUCGAGAGGGAAUCAUUUCGAGCCUCCGGAGUGGUUGGGGGUCGUGCAAGAAGAACCGCCCGGGCUGCGUUUUUUCAACGAGGCGCGGCGGCGCAUCGGGUUUUUGAUGUGUGACAACGAUAUCCAGAGUUGUCAAUUCUACCUAUUAUCAUCGGCUAACCGCGUCCAGAGUCUAUUAUCAGCAAAUUCUCCGCCCUAUGGAUUCAUGGGCUAUGAUCCACCGCGCUGCUACCGGCUGUCUCUCGAUCUUAACAAACCCAGCCACGACGUUAACUUCGACGAGUGGGAAGGUGAUAUGAAAUCGCGCGUCUUCUGGAACUGCCUCAUGAACGAAACGAUCCUUGUACAGGAACUCCACCUCCCUCCUAGCGGUCUCUCCCGCUUCGAAGAAGUUGUACCAAUACCCAAAUUCAUCGGUUUUGAAACCCUAGGCUUUGUCCCUGCGCGUUUCUCCCCAGCCGACGAGAUCGACGAUUCAUUCUUCCAGUAUCACUUCCUAGCACAGGUUGCCCACCGCAUCAUCCUUACUCGCAUCCGACACUCCCUCUACUUCUACUCCGACUCCGGAACAUUCCCUAAACCCGCCGUCAACGCCGAACUCCACCACCAACUCGAGCAAUGGCGCCUAAACCUCCCAUCUGGUCUGCAGUUCUCCGAUAUACCCCCAACAGCAACCGCGGCAACCGCAGCAACACCAGCAUUAAAUACCACCUCACCACAAACAACUACCGCCUCGCCGAACCCAAAUCCGAUCUCUCCGCAUCCCCUCUCCUCAACUACCAACACGACCACGACCACCCGCCCCCUCACCCCCGCUGUAGCCGUCGCUGAAGCCAUGCUCCGGGGCCGCUACAUGAUUGCCAAGUUCCACAUCGGCCGUCCAUAUUUAUACAAGGCGCUCCGCAUCCCGUCUCUCUUAACAGAAGACGACCUCGAACAGAUCCGCCGAGGACUACAAAACGCCAUGGAUUGGCCGAUUAUUCAUGGCAUCUUCCGCGACAUGAAGAGCUGCAUACCUAUAAAAUUCGCCUUCUGCUCGCAGUUCUUCGGCCAAAUACUCCUUUUCUACUGUAUUGCGCAGUCCCCUGAUCCUCGCGUUCGAGGUACAUUACCCGCUGGCUGGGAGCGGUGGAACCAGGAGAUGUUGCGGUUUCUGGAGGAUUGCGCGUUGUAUAGUCCUGCUGUGGCGAAGGACUUGGAACUGUUGCGGUUAUUGUGA